AUGCAGCAUUCCCCCAGAAAGAGUGCCCGGCUGAUCGGAGGGGAAGCCACCCCUAUAACAACAGUGAGUCAGCAGCCAGCCAGUAGUGGAGCAGGAACUCGGACGCGGGUGAACAUCACGGCGGCGUCGAUUCCUUGCCCGGCCACUACGGUGACUACAGUAGCUUCCCAACCUAGAAGUACUGCUGUCACAGCUGCGAGUUCAGUACCGGAGGUGAACCAGCCCCUCGCGUUGGAACUCAUGGAGAGGAUCGCAGCGUUGGAGAGAGAGCUGGAGAAGGCUAAACCCCUGGAAAGUGUGAGCACCGCCAAUUGCGCGCCAAUCGCAGUUGGCCCAAGCGCAGUUGGCGCCAACAGUGGAGCGUCGGGGCGGCCGCCAUUUUGGAGCGGCCAGCCAAUACCCACAUCUAACGGAGAGGCCUUACAUAACGGGGUCGGGUCGGUGCCAUACAACGGUGACGGUGCGAGCGGUGCGGCCUGCACGCUGCCGCCAUCUUCAAGUGGACCGCCAUUGCUAACGACUAGCAACUAUUUUGUGGAGCCACUGUGUGCAACAGGCACUGCGCAGCCAGCGCAUGGACUCGUGCUACCGGGCGUGAGCAUCCACAAUGCGGCAACAGCAUUGCCACUUGUCGGAUCCUACGCCGCGACGACGCCGAGUGGAAUCCAGGGAAUGCAGCACAUGCUGCAAGAAUCUGUCGCCCAUUCCAGCGACAAGGAGACGCAAGAAGCGUCAUUUGUGGAGACCGCAGCCAGCGGUCAGAAGGCGCAAGGAGCGCCAAGCAUCCGUGGCCGCAGCCAGCGGCACGAGGCGUCAGAGACGCCAUUUUGGACGCGCAGAGGCGCCGCCAUUUUGGAGCUGGGGAAGAUGCAGCAUUCCCCCAGAAAGAGUGCCCGGCUGAUCGGAGGGGAAGCCACCCCUAUAACAACAGUGAGUCAGCAGCCAGCUAGUAGUGGAGCAGGAACUCGGACGCGGGUGAACAUCACGGCGGCGUCGAUUCCUUGCCCGGCCACUACGGUGACUACAGUAGCUUCCCAACCUAGAAGUACAGCUGUCACAGCUGCGAGUUCAGUACCGGAGGUGAACCAGCCCCUCGCGUUGGAACUCAUGGAGAGGAUCGCAGCGUUGGAGAGAGAGCUGGAGAAGGCUAGACCCCUGGAAAGUGUGAGCACCGCCAAUUGCGCGCCAAUCGCAGUUGGCCCAAGCGCAGUUGGCGCCAACAGUGGAGCGUCGGGGCGGCCGCCAUUUUGGAGCGGCCAGCCAAUACCCACAUCUAACGGAGAGGCCUUACAUAACGGGGUCGGGUCGGUGCCAUACAACGGUGACGGUGCGAGCGGUGCGGCCUGCACGCUGCCGCCAUCUUCAAGUGGACCCCCAUUGCUAACGACUAGCAACUAUUUUGUGGAGCCACUGUGUGCAACAGGCACUGCGCAGCCAACGCAUGGACUCGUGCUACCGGGCGUGAGCAUCCACAAUGCGGCAACAGCAUUGCCACUUGUCGGAUCCUAA